AUGGGUUGUUGUUCUUCGCGAGCAAUAUUCGAUGAUGCGGUACGAGAAGGAACUGCUGAUAACCCUGUGCCACGUGGAGGAAAUAAACCAUUUACCAAAAAAGGGGUAACAUGGACAUCAGAAACUCCAAUAAGACAACGGCAAUUAAAAGUGCAAAGAGACGCAUUUUGGGAUACUGCACCAAGUUAUGAGGGACGACUAGAAAUAUGGCAAGCACUUCGAUGUGCAUGUGAAUCAGAAGAUCUAACACUCGCACAAGCAAUCAUUGACUCCGCCAACAUUACUAUACCUACAGGGAAUCUAACGGACGGUUGCUACGACGAACUAGGGAAUCGAUACGUGAUUCCAGCAUAUUGUAUCGUAGAUCCUACCAAUCUAAUAAAAGGUAGCAGCAGUGAAAACGAUGAAGGAAGCACAUCAACACACCAAGACGAUGAUAAUAUGGAUUCUAAAUUAUUAUUGGGAUCAUCAACAGGUGAUAGUUCUUCCCAGCUCACUGUCCGGCUUUCAAAUGUGGCAAGGGAUGUACAUAUCAGCACCAAUCUCGAACAGGAAACGAUUGGGACAUUACGACAAAAGUUAUGCGCGAAUGAAGGACUGGACGGGCGGAAAUUUAAUGUGCGGAUCGUCUUUUUGGGUCGUAUGUUGGAUGAUAAGACCAAGUUAGCGGAUGUGAAGUUUGAGGAAGGACAAGUUUUGCAAGCGUUGAUCACAGAAAAGUCAUGA